AUGAAUGAGAGGGAUAAAUGGGAUUACGUGAAGCGCAAUCUUCACAAGAUGGAAUUAAUCCAUCGCUCUCCAUACGUCCCGCAUACUUUUCAGGGAUGGAUGCAUUUCAAAUCCGCUAGAGCCGGUGACGUUCUGAAAGAAGGGAACGAAAAGCUGGCUCGCAGGCAAAAAGACAAUCGCUACGUUCUGUCCGGCAUUGAGCCCGUCAAGAUCUUGCCAGUGAUGAAGGGUAAGACUUUCAAUGACGGGCGAAGCCUGGUCUUGGCAGAGAAGACGAUCUGGUCGCGACCUGAUAAGCCGAGCCUUCUAGAAUAUCCAACAGCGCCGUGGCCUUGCAAAGAGGAAAUGAGAGAAGAGGGGGAUGAAAGGAACACCUCAAGAUUUGGCAGAUUUCUGGGCUUGCCUAGGCAUCCCGGAAAUGAGACCGUGAACUGGAAGCAAAAGAAACACCUGCUACCUUUGGAGUUCGAUAAUAUCUGGCAUUUACCGGACAAGGAGAGCUAUGAACGUAGCAGAGAGGAGAUCGAUGAUGAGACAAGGGAGCUCAUGGAGUCUCUUUUGGGUGAAGAUUUGUUGGAGGCGAUUGAUUCUUGA